UUUAUUUUUUUAUUAAUAACGGACAAAGCCAAUCACAGUGAACAGAUUAAAAAAAAAAAACUUUUGUUUUUAAAAAGAGAAUACGUAGGAUAAUGAAUUUAGUCAUUAAUCAUAGUGGCUGAUAGUAUAAAGCAAUUGAGCCAGUUGGUAUUGUGACCAGUAAGUGGAUUAAUCGAACAUUUUAUGUCAACGAAUUUCAUCAAAUUUUAUAUCAAUAAAUUAUUCCGUCAUUAAUUCUCCAACUAUGAAAUUGUAUAGACCUCUGAAAACAAGGGACAAAUAACAGGUGAAUCUUAUCAUUUACUAAAAAUUUAAUUCCAAAAAAAAGUCUGUUGAAAUGAUGUUAAUAUUAAGUGGAAUAUUAUCUGUAAUUGUGGCAUUUGUUGAUCCCUUUUCAUUGAGUACUACAGAUAUUUAUUAUCAUUGUGUUAUCAGAAAUGCUCUUUGUGAUCCAAAUGUUAUGCGUCCAUGCUGUGAUCAAAAAGAUAUUUGCAAACAAAUUGGACUAAACGCGUUUAAAUGCAUCGAAAACGUGGGAUUAGGAAAAAUUUGUAGAGGGGACGAAGAUUGUAAUGAAAUAUGGCAUUCAAAAUGUUCAAAAGAAAAAACGUGUGUAUGCAGGACCAAUAAUAUUAAAGUAAAUGAAACAACCUGCGCACCAGUACUAGGUGGAUUUUGUUGGAACAAUGAAUUAUGUGCGACCGAUAACGCUGUUUGUAUUGACAGUGAAUGUCAAUGUAACGGUAGUAAUCAUCGAAGAUUCAAUGACCAAUGUAUAUUUACUUUAACUGCUCACAUUAUCAAAGAUACUUUAGGUGCACCCUGUGAGAGCGAUGAAAAUUGUGAGCACGUUAGAUUCGCGAAAUGUUCAGAGCGUAAAGUCUGUAGCUGCUCAUCGAAUACUUCUGCUGUAAAUCAACAUCAUUGUGCGCCACUUAUAGGUGGGUUUUGCUGGACAGAAAAUGAUUGUCUACCUCUAAAUUCUAUUUGUGUUGAUAACAGCUGUCAAUGUAUGGAUUUCUACGUUUCUCAAUCUAAUAAUCGAUGCAUACCAGUCCGUUUGAGUAUGACCUGUACAAUAGAUCAAGAGUGUAAUUGGUCGGUUCCCCAUUCAAUAUGCUUUAAGAACAAGUGCAUUUGUGAGGACAAUUAUUUUAAAGAAGGUCGGAGAAUAUGUGCGUCCUAUAUUAACAUUUACUGUUCAAGUAAUAACUCAUGUAUAUUAGAUAAUUCUCUGUGUAUUGAAAAUAUGUGUCAAUGUAAACCUGGGUUUGUGUAUCAUUCUUCUAAAUGUAUUCCUCCUCACCUGAAUGGACCUUGCAGAAAUAAUAAUGAUUGCGAUCAGAUCCAAAAUGCUAGAUGUUCUGCUGAUAAUGUAUGUGUUUGUAAUGAAAAUCAUACUCAAUUCAACGAAAGAAUCUGUAGACUAGUGCCGAAGGAAUAUUGUCUUGAAGAAAAUGACUGCCAAUCCAUUAAUUUUACUUGCAUUAUGAAUGAGUGUCAAUGCAAACCACAUUUUGUGAAGCGAUCGAGAAAUUUAUGUGAAUUAUCUCAAUUAGGCAUGGGCUGUGAAGAUAAUAAUGGUUGCAUUGAUAUCUUAAAAAGUAAAUGCUCAGUGAGCAAAAAGUGUGAAUGCAUUUCAAACUAUGUAGAAUAUAAUAUUACAGCAUGUAUGCCAUUACUAGGCAGUUAUUGUUCAGAGAAUCAACCAUGCGCUACUCUUAAUUCUAUUUGUUCAAAUAAUAUAUGUGUGUGUAGCGAUGGUCUUGUAGAAUAUUCCAAUAAUAAAUGUACACCACAUUAUGUUGGAAAGUACUGCAUGAAAGAUGAAGAUUGCAAAGAAAUACUGAAUUCGAAAUGCGUCAACAACGACUGUUCUUGUAAAGCCAACUAUGUUAUGGUGAAUAUAACAGCUUGUGCACCACUAUUAGGUGAAUAUUGUAAAAACAACCAACAAUGCGCGCCCGCCAACUCAAUAUGUAAUAAUAAUAAAUGCCAAUGUGAUUCUGAUUACGUACGUCGAUUUAAUAAUAAAUGCAUACCAAAAAUAGGGCAUUUUAAGAUAUCAUGUUAUGAAGAUGAUGAUUGUCUAGGGAUUAAAUAUGCAAUCUGUUCCACAUAUCAAAAAUGUGUUUGUCAAUCAAACUAUGUUGCUCUCGGUGAUGAUAAAUGUGUAGCACUUAUUGGUGAAUAUUGUGAAUCAGACGAAGAAUGUAUUUCAUACAAUACUGUUUGUAUCAAAAAUAAAUGCCAAUGUCCAAGGAAAUUUGUCAUUAUAACCAAAUAUCAAUGUGACCGUAUUUCGCUUGGUAGAACAUGUCAUAAGGAUGAUGAUUGUGAUGUAGGAAUAAAAAAUUCCGUUUGUUCAAACAAUAAUACCUGUGUUUGUCGAGAGAAAUACUAUGCAUUGAACGAGUUUGACUGUGAACCUUUUUUACAUGAAUAUUGUUUGAACAAUGAAGAAUGUUCUUUCAAUUUGUCUAUCUGUAUCGAGAAUAAAUGUCAAUGCAAAGAUAAUUUUCAAUCUGUAUCAGCAAGUCAGUGCAAACCAAUUGAUUACAUGUAUGAAUGCAAUAAAGAUUUGGAUUGUGGUGAUCCAUGGCAUAUUAAAUGUUUUCCAGACAAGAAAUGUCGUUGCAAUUCAAAUAAUAUUUCAAUUAAUCGUUCAACAUGUUUGCCACUUUUAAAAGGAUAUUGCUGGAGAGAUAGCCAAUGCUUUGUUCGCAAUUCAGCUUGUAUUGAUUAUCAGUGUAAAUGCAAAAAAUAUUUCGUGCCUGUAUCCGGAAAUCUAUGCUUACCAGUGUAAAGUAGGACUCUCUCGACACUUUUAUUCCUAUCAUUACUAUGGCUUCUCACGUGAACUGCAAACCACUUGCUGAUACACAUUUACAGAAAUCAUUUUAGCAUUUAUAUUAUGAAUUGUUAAGUGUUUCAAAAAAAUUUAGAAAAAACCUCAAAAAUUUCCUUAUUUACAUAUAAUCACAAGACGGAAUUUUUUAAAAUCAAAAGAUUGGUCUUGUUUCUGCAAAGGGAUUUUGUUACGUCUGCAACACUAGUUUUGCUGCAACUCCCAAAAAUACGAAUGUAAUACCCACGGAAUCGAAUCCUAUUGCAGCAAUGUCCACUUUCCAUACGAAAAAAUAUAUAACCGGAAAUAUAUCCUGGCAAAAUAGCAUACAUACGACAAUACUAAAGAUACAAGUCGGAUAUAUACUAUUUUGCUGGGAUAUAUCUUUUUUUGAGCGUGUUAACCACUUGGCCAAUGCGGA